CGCCGUUUUGACAUUGUCGACGUCUUGAGAUGGCUCUGUAGCACGGAUGUCCGACUCUGCUGGGCCUUUGUCUGCUCAGAAAAGACGCUCGGGCACUCGCUUGAUCUGGCGAGGCAGCAUUGCCACCGAGAACGGCCAAAAGCUGCACGGCCUCGCUAUCAUCGCGCAUGGUGAUGCUACAAGCUCGCCAAGCAAAUCUGGAGCAGUAGCGGAUAGGUCAGAGGCGAAUAGAGUCGUUGCGACACCGCGCUCAUCGCUCGCGACGCUCAGACGACCAUGCGAUCGCAUUUCUGUCACGCCACAAGUCUCCCCACCUCUUGCCUCGUCAAGCCAGACCGCUCGAUCGUAUGUGCCGACAAACGCAUCGCCAAGGCUGGCAAAAGCGGUGCCUCUCUCUGAGCUAUCGCUUGAUCUGGAAAUGCUAAGACACACGACCUUGCAAGUGCAUCAGGUCGUCGCGUUGGGCGAGCCUACUGCAGAAGAGAGGGAAGCAGUCCGGCAAGCUGAAGCAGGGAGAAACAAGCGCAAAGACUCGAAGCGCCGGCAAUUGAGCGCCCUGAUCAAAGGCAAGUCUCGUCAGUUACAAGAGGAUUCUCAGUCGGCACGCAUCAUCUCGCUCACUCAAGAAUCUAUGGGCAUGUAUAUCGAUCCACGAUGCCCGGAUACGGUGGCUUGGUUUGAGGACAGGCUCUGUCGGCAAGAGCUUAUCGCGGGUGAACAUACGACACGGCGCGGUAUCGUCCUUUUAUUAGGCAACGCCCUCACGCCAGAUUUGUCGAGCAAAUUUGUCAUCUACGGUCAGGCAAUAGAUGCUGACGAGCUCGCUUCACAGCAGCCCAAACUGCAGCUCAAAUUGGGCCGGGAGAUUGAAGCGAAAGCGCGCCUGCCUCGUCCUGACGAUCCCCUGCCGCGCGAAUCUGCCUUGACGAUGAAGCUGCGUCAAGCGGGCACGGAGAGCCUGAACGUGCAAAAGAGCGCGCAGAAGAGCAACGGCAAGAGUGCACAGAGGGGCAUACCUACAGAUGAUGAUAUCUUCAUGAGCAAGGCCGGCAGUCCACAGAGAUCCCUGCUGCCAACGAUGCGCGACCCCAACGUUAUGCCGAUCAAAGCGCGGCUCAACAACACAAAGGGUGCAAAGACGCUCAUACAGCCGUCCCUGGCCGCUUUUGUCAGCAAGCCCGUCUCCCGUUCCUUGCCCACUGAUCGAGUUGCGAGCAAUGGCAUGGUGCAUCGCAAACGAAGUCGGUCUUGCCUUGAGCCGCAUGAUGACAUCAAACCCGGGUUUGCCACGCUCGAGGCACGCGAGCGGAAGCGGUCUCGAUCAAUCUCGCGGGCGCUCUCACCGCUCGAUAUUGCAUCCCAACAAAUUAGACGGUCGCAUAGUCAGACACCCAGCAUUUUGCCGCCUUCGAGGUCGCAGUCUACCAUUCCGCCUGACAAGAUCAAGAGGGAAUCUUCGCACAGUCUUGCUGUUCAUCCUGAUCGUCACUCUCGCGAGCCCUCUGUGCAGGUCACGACGCUGGAAGGACGUAAUAGAGCGUCACUGAAGAAGCUCAUAGUAAACGCACUGGCGGAUAGGAACAUCAAGCGAGACCAUCCAGAGUUUGAAGCUUACUUCUCUGUCGUCCUGAACAGCCUCAAAUUUGCCCUCAGAGCGACGUUGAGCACGGAGACGCUCGACAAGAUCCAAGCGAGGAGUCUCAUCGAUGCUCACCUCGCCAUGUACCUCGUCACUAAGACACGCGCUUUCUUCUCGUUCGCGCGCCAAUGCAUGACAGACUCGAGCGGAGUCUACACCGACUUUGAUGCCAGGCUGACCAACACAGCGGCAAGUGUACAGGAUGCGACGCUCACAAUACGAGUCAUCAAGUCUUUUGCUUACCGUUCGACCAAAAAUCUGAUUUUGCAUCAUGUCGACCUGACGAGCACGACUGUCGGCCAGCUCAAGGCCAGAGUCAUUCUUGAUAUUCAGACUGCGCCUGGCUUCAAGCCGUACAGAAACGCGAAGCUCGACACGCUCAAGCUCUAUACGAAAGCUCAUGGGGCAAAGACGACCAAUCUGAUCAUCAACAUGGACAAUGACGAAUGGAUCCUCGACGAUGACGGUGCCACCCUCGCGACAAUGGGACUUGGCACGCGCUCCUUUCUGCCUGGGAUGUGCUUUGCUGACAGGCCACAUAUGACAGAGAACGAGACAGAGGUUUCUUUCUUUGGUCGUGAAGACUAUGAAGCCUUUAAGAAGGAUCCAGAGACAAAGUGGAUAUGA